GCUGGUCACCCUAUCAGCUGUUUUUAUUUAUAAUAAUAAACACCAAUGGAAUCUCAAUUUGAUAACACAGACGAAAACUAUUGGAAUCGCUCCUCGAGAGCUGCCUUUAGCUUUGAUGAUGAAGAGGACGUUGAUCUUGGUGAUGUGGGCGGCAGAACAAAAAUGGGACAGGGCAGCCAGAGCAGCAAAUGGGAUAAUGCAAUUUUUAAUGACGACACCAUCUCUGAGGCCAGCUUUGAUAAUAGCGCCGCACUGGGCACGCUGAAUCAUCUGUCAAUCAAAGCGAUACUGAGCGAUGAAGCGCUUAAGCUGGUGCUACAGGAACAGGCAGUGGACGAUCAAGUUAUGCCCAAGGGUGUGACGCCUGAGGAGGAGCUGAAGUUGCUGCGCCGUCAAAUACAGAGCACUCUGUACAGCCCCAAUCUGGAGCUGACCGCACAGAAGUUGCUGCAUGGCAAAGUGGCGCCGUUGGAAAUGUUCAAAUCACUGCUAGAGAAGCGUCAGCUGUUGGAUGCGGUGUUGGCCAACGGCGGUGAUGCGAUCAUUGGAGUACUAUUGUUCCUCAAACGAACCCUGAACGCCACCCAGUUCCAUGGCAUUCUGCAGCAGCGGCCCAAGGCGCUGGAGCACUAUCUCAGCUAUCUGCGUCAAUGUGGCGACGUGAGCAACUAUAUUGACACGCUGCAGCGCUUCGGGCGUCAUCAGGAAGCUGCUCUUAGGCAAUUUCAGGCGGCCCUGUCCUGCACUGAAUUGGCUACGCGUAAACAACAGCUGCAACGACUCAUCGAUGCCUAUGCGAGCGCAGGAGUGGGCAUAAUACCGUUAUAUGAGCAGGUCUUUCAUUCCGCACUGAAGCUCCAGCUGGUCCUGGAGAAGGAGCCCCUAGGUGAUCUGAGCCAACGGAUCGGUGACGACCCCACCCCCAUAGAGGUACUCUACGCGUGCUGUGCCCAAAACAAGAAUUGGAAAGAACAGGACAUGCUAAAGAUCAGCUCACCCCAGCGCUUUGCCGCCGAUCAGGAAAUCUCGCCUGCCCAAUACGAAUGGACGGCCUUAAAUGAACGUGCCCAGUCACAGGCCUACGCGGAUCUGGAGUGCAUCUUUGAGCGUGUGUCCGGCUGGCAUCCGCUCAAAUCGAAGCAGUUCCACAUCAGUUUCGAUCUGACCCUAGCCGUGCAGCGUCUCUUUGAGCUGCAGGCACCCGCCACAGUGCUGCAGCUCUUCCUGUCUAAGAUGAGCAACAGUCCCGAGAAGCUGGUGCUGGCACAACGAGUCAAAUGCAUCAAGGCCGUCAUUGAUGCCAUGGUCAGUAUGAAGCAGCAACAGGAACUGCAGCAAUUGAAGCAAACGCUGCCCGAUCGCUCCGAGGAGCAGUUCUACUGCGAGAAUGCGCUCAAAGCCCUGCAAAGCAAACGCUGGACCACGGACAACAUAAAACUGAAGCUGUAGCGAGCCAUCAUCAACUGACUUUGUAUAAAUGUAGUUUUUAUUACU